UUGCAGGUUGCAUCCUGAGCUGCAUGUCGCAGCAGGUGCCACCCCAGGAAAACUUAACUGUGGUUUCUGUACCUGAAGAAGCCAUCCUGGGAAAAAAUAUCAUCCUGAACGUGCAGAAUAUCCGGGACGGAUUUGAACGAUGCGAGUGGACGCCACCCUUUGGGCCCAAAAUUGAUUUUGACCCCAAUUCAAAAGUGGUUGACGCUUCCCAAGUCGGAGUGGUGCAUCGGAAUUGUUCCUUGAGUAUCACAAAUCUGAGGUCAGAGCAUCGAGGAAAGUAUACCAUCAAAGUUAGUGUUCCUUCUGCAAAUCAGCAAGGGACAAGAGGCCCAGAUGUCUAUAUCGGUUCUAUUUUUCUGACGUUUUGUGAACAAAUCCGUAUCAACGUCGAACCCCAAAAUCCCCGCGUUGGCCAGAAUGUCAAGAUGACUCCCGUAGGCUUGCCAGACCGUCGUGACUACUGUGAAUGGGAGCAAAAAACCCAAAAUGGAAUAAAAAAAUUCGAGGAUUCUGAAGAAGAGCCCGACAAACAGAAGAACCAGCAACCCCAGGUCACCCCAAAAGAUUGUUCCUUUCAUAUGACUCAGUUAACCCUGGCUCAUUCUGGAACCUACUCUGUUUAUUCCGAAGUGUAUUUAGACCAAAACUCCGGCAAAGAAGGGAGGAGAACUAAAGACCAAAUGAAAUGCUAUCGAGGCCAGACCCAGUUAAAGGUCCAAGUUUCAGGAUCAGCGUCUGUGAAAUAUAGCGCGGGAAUCAUCGCUGCGGCUUUGCUUGGAUCCCUUACCUGGACUACCAGCAGUCUCUCCCUCUUGCCGCUGCUGUUCGGUAAGUAG